GAGAGCCAGACACAGAGCAGGAGGCAGAGGCAGGAGGCUGAGGAGGCUGACACCAGAGGUGGGGGAUUCAGCCCCAGACAGAGGAGAGGAGCCAGCAGGCGUUUGGUGCCGGCCUGACAGCGGGGCACUUGGCCAGAGAAGAGUCUUGACAAGCUGACAGGCCCCAGCCAAGACCUCCUUCGGUCUCGAGGGGCUAUUCCCUGGGAAAGCUGCCCUGGCCACACCCUGCCACCAACUGCCAGGAAAGGGGGGGGUGACAUCCUACCCUGGUGCAUCUGGCAGCAGGGGUGAUUUUUCCUCUCUCUCUUUUUAAUCUGCUGCAAAGAGGAUUGUGGGGAGAGUGUCAUACUUUCAUCAGCUGGAUCCUUUGCAACGAGGCUGCUGGGAAGUUGCCCCACGUGCCCAGAGAGAAAUUCAGCAGCAGCCCCAAAGCCAGGUGGCAUAGACAACCAACUUCUUUUCCAGAAAGGAAAUUGCAAGGCAGGAUGACUGAAAACUCUGCUGCAGCACCUGCUGCCAAACCUAAGCGGGCCAAGGCAACCAAGAAGUCAACAGAUCAUCCCAAGUACUCUGACAUGAUAGUGGCUGCCAUUCAGGCCGAAAAGAGUCGGGUGGGCUCAUCCCGUCAGUCCAUCCAGAAAUAUAUCAAGAGCCAUUACAAAGUAGGGGAGAAUGCGGACUCCCAAAUCAAGUUGUCCAUCAAAAGGUUAGUGACAACAGGUGUUCUGAAGCAGACCAAAGGGGUUGGUGCCUCUGGCUCCUUUCGCUUGGCCAAGGGUGAUGAGCCCAAGAAGGCCCCAGUGAAGAAGGCCAAAAAGGAAGUCAAGAAGGCUGCGACGCCCAAGAAGGCAGUUAAGCCUAAAAAGGCUGCUGCCAAGUCACCAGCCAAGAAGCCCAAACCUGCGGCAAAGAAAGCCAAAAAGAAGCCAGUGGCUGCUCCAAAGAAAGCCAAGAAGCCAAAGACUGUCAAGGCCAAGCCAGUGAAGGCAUCCAAGCCUAAAAAGGCAAAAGCAUCAAAACCCAAAGCAAAGUCCAGUGCAAAGAAGUCAACCAAGAAAAAGUGAAGUACACGCUUGGGAUCUUUUCUUGGACAUCCUUCUUGACCUGUACUCUGUAAAUAGAUUUCUCCUUUAUUCUCUACUCAUUUCUAUUGCAGCUUUAUAAAGACUGAACUAUUCCCCCCCAUAAUAGUUUAAAUAAUCCAUUGUUUUUUUCAGUAAGGAAAGCUCCAUUUUGGGUUUGCAUUUUGUUUUCAUUUGUAAUCUUAAAGAGCUCUUGUCUUCAUUUUACUUCCCUUUCCCCAGGUAUGCAAUGUACUUGUGUUUUUGAGCAUGAAAGAAGAACAGAUUGGAUGUGUGGGGUGGGGAUAUGCUCCUAUUGCUUGGCAGGAAUGUUAGAAAUACUGUGCUAAUAAAGGUACAUAGUAUGGAUCUUCCUUGGCCAACUCUACAUUAAUAGAAGGGUUAGAGAAACACUACCAUGUUGGAAGCUUUCAGUUACACUAUAAUAUGCUUAUUUAAGAACAAAAUUAGCCUUUCCCAGGCAAAUAAAAUUCCAAUGCAUCCAAAUGCAUGCAGGAUGGUGUGUUUCUCUUCAGCACUGGUGGAAGGGUGGUUAAUCUUUCCGUUGACUUUCUUUCAGAGAAAGAGUGGGUGCGGUGAUUUUUGAAAUCAGUGCAAAUGUUUGCAAUUAUUGGGAUUCUCCUGUUAAAAAAAACUGUUGAUGAAACACACUGAAGCAGGGACUAUAUAAUUCACCUUCUGAAGAAAUUAGAAAUGGCUAUCUUCGUUUCUGAAUUCUGGCCGCCAGCUCAGUCCUGACAACUCUUAGGGAAAGUGUUUUGAAAACUCCUUUCUUUGCAGUCCAUGAAGUCAUGUAACGGGAUUCUAAGUGCUUCCGAGCCUUGCAGUGCCUGCUUCCUAAUCCACAGCUUUUGUGUUUAGAGUAUUGUGUCUACAGUACAAUCCUUUCUUUUCUUUUGAAAUAUUGGGUUUCUACUGUCCGGCCAAGGGCGGGAAGAAUUAAUGGGGGAGGUGACGGAAAUGUAGCCAAUAUUGAAUCUGCUGAAGUAGCUUCGUGAAGCUGUGUAAAAUUACUGAUUAGGUUUGGGAUGGUUUAAUUUUCCAAGGGGGGGGGGGAAUGGAAAGGAUAAUUUUCAGUACUGUGGGGUUUUUUAAAAAGUAUGCUUGUGUAAACAAAGGAAAAUUCUCAUAGGACUGACACCUGAUUGUCUAUUUUAUUUUGUAUGUGUAAUUUUGUGCAAGAAAGAUUUAGCUGUCUUUGUAAUUUUAGGGUUUAAAAUAAAAUGUAAAAAACAA